AUUUCAUAAAAAAAAAACUGAAGUACUUCUGAAAGCAGUAAGCUUUCCUAUAAAUAUCAGUAACCACACUCAAUCGAAUGAGUAUAAUUUGAGAAAAUUCAAAAACAAAACUGUGAGUUUUUAAAUGAAAGUUUAUAUUUGGAAACUUAUAACACUCUGCACAAGCUUAUCUAUAGCAUUUGCAAUUGAGCGAUCAGUUUGGAUGCCAUCAUGUUCCACAUAUAUCGAAAAUACUUUAAUUCCACAUCCCGGUGAUUGUCGGAAAUUCUUUGUAUGCAUUCAUGGAACUGCAAUUCCAGUCUCUUGUCCAUAUGGUUUAAAUUGGAAUCCAACAUUGAACGAAUGUUCAACUAUAUCUGCGUGUGAAAAUGAUGAACGUCGUAAUAGAGUACCAAAAUACAAUCCACUUUGUCCACUUGAUGAAAAUCCAGCAAAUCCCACACAUCUACCGGAUAAAUAUGAUUGUAGAAAAUUUUACGAAUGCGAAAGUGGAUUUGCAUUUCAAAUGAUAUGCCCAAAUGGAGAGCACUGGAGUGUGGAACAUGACAGUUGUAAGGAACCAUCUUUGGCCAAUUGUAAAUACUCACAGAAAGCGAUUGGAACUAGUCAACUGAAUCAUGCAUGCCCAUUAAUAGAUAAUCCAAACAAUCCAACGCUUCUUCCUCAUCCAGAAGAUUGUACAAAAUUUUACAAGUGUUCAUUUGGAAGAAGUUAUAUAGUUUCUUGUCCAUUUGGAUUACAUUUCAACACCGAUAUAAGUCGCUGCGAUAGUCCUUUCAAAGCCCAGUGUGUUCAGAAAAAACUUACAACAUUGUCAACAACGGAAACACCACCAACACCUACCAUCAAGACAUCAUCAACACCCCAAACAAAUUUUAACACUGAACCUACGAUCAACACAUCACAAACCCAACCAAGUUCUACUACCAAACGAAUUCCAAAUCUUCCAAUUUGCCCAGAAAACGGUGUCAAAAACUUUGGCAUACCCGGACAAUGUAAUAAAUAUUUUGCUUGCAGUCAAGGCAAGCUCUAUAUGAUGACUUGCCGUGCAGGACGUGAAUGGAGUGAGAUAGCAAGUGGAUGUGUCAAAUCAUCUGUCGCUGGAUGUUCAGUCGUAAUAACGAAUGGAUUAAGUCUUAAUAUUUCAACAAGAAAACCAGUUAAACCCGUUUUAUCUUCUAACACUCAGAAGCCAUUAGAAGCUACAACUAGAUCAACAAAGUGCAGUCAAGGUGUUGGAUUUUUAUCUCAUCCAACAGAUUGUCAUAAGUUUUUCGUGUGUGAUAAUGGCAGGCCAGUUGAAAUGUCAUGUCCCAGUGGAUUGUAUUUCAGUCGAUCAACUUCUAGCUGCCAAUGGAUAGAUAGUGAUUGUUAAAUUUGUCUAUGAAUAAAAAUUGAUCGAACAACA